CUUGAGUCAACUGUUGUCAAUCGUUCAACAAAUAAAUACUAUGGUAAGAUUUGUUGUGUGUAUCAUUUUAGGACCAUGUUUGAACGAUAAUUUAACGCUGAUCAACAAAUUUAUGUAAUUUUAAUUUAAUUUAAAAUUAUUUUAAUAACACAACUUAAAUACCCAUGUUUGAAGCAGUAUAUUACCUAAUAGAAAAUGUCCAACAAUGACAAUAAUGAAAAUUUGCCUUCUGGUACUGUUAGACCUUCAAUUCCUCAGUUAGAUAUUCGGCAAGACGCUAUUGUAGCAGAAAAACGUAGACAGUUAAAACUAGCUAUACAAGGAUCUUCAAGUUCUUCUUUUGGAUUCAGCUCACCCAUUCAGACUUUACAAUCAUUAAAAUCUGACGAAGAAAGCCGCGUACAAUGCAAUGGCACAAUCACCAAACAACUUAGUUUACCUAAAGUGAAACUGCCAAAUCCUGAACCAACUGUAGAAAAGUCAAGAUACAGACUCAUAGAACGCUGUAAAUUACGAGAAAGACUUAAAAUAUGUCAAACCAUUCAAUCUACAGGAAAACUUCAACUAUCUGAAAAUAAAGUUUAUGACUUUACAUCUGAUGAUUUACAAGAUUUAGGAGAAAUUGGACGUGGUGGUUUUGGUACAGUCAACAAAAUGUUACAUAGAAGUAGUGACAUGGUUAUGGCUGUUAAGAGAAUAAGGUCCACUGUUGAUGAGAAUGAACAAAAACAAUUGUUAAUGGAUUUAGAUGUUGUUAUGAAAUCUAAUGAGUGUCCUUACAUUGUACAAUUUUAUGGAGCUUUAUUCAAAGAAGGCGAUUGCUGGAUUUGUAUGGAACUUAUGGAUACAUCUUUAGAUAAAUUUUAUAAAUAUAUUUAUGAAAAAUUAAAUCAACAAAUACCAGAGAACAUUUUGGGGAAAAUAACCGUCGCUACAGUAAAAGCUUUAAACUAUUUGAAAGAAAAAUUAAAAAUUAUACAUCGUGAUGUAAAACCUAGUAAUAUUUUAUUGGAUUCUCGAGGAAAUAUCAAAUUAUGUGAUUUUGGUAUUUCUGGACAGUUAGUAGAUUCCAUUGCUAAAACAAGAGAUGCGGGUUGCCGUCCAUACAUGGCUCCUGAAAGAAUAGAUCCAGUUCGUGGCAGAAGUGGUUAUGAUGUUAGAUCAGAUGUUUGGUCACUAGGCAUUACAUUAGUAGAAGUAGCCACAGGUCGAUUUCCAUAUCCAAGAUGGAGUUCAGUUUUUGAACAACUUUGUCAAGUGGUCCAAGGAGAUCCACCUCGAUUACAUCAGUCAUCAAAUAAUUUCUCUCUUCAUUUUAUUAACUUUGUUAACACAUGUUUGAUUAAAGAAGAAAAUCAAAGACCAAAGUAUAACAAACUACUGGAACAUCCAUUCAUAAAACGUAGUGACACUGAAAGUGUUGAUGUUGCUUCAUACAUUAGUGAAAUCAUGGCAGCAAUGGAAAAUGAUGGUGCAUUCAUGUAUACUAUGAACGAUCCUUGAUUAAUAUUUAAUUGUUUUAUAGAGUACAUAGAAAAGUACUUCACAAUUUUAUCAAGUUUAACAAGUACACUAAAUCCUACCAUUGUUAGAAAGAAUGAAAAUUUAAAAUAUUUCUAGGAUAUAUUCUAUUCAAAUUAUAGAGUAUGUAACACUUGAAGAAUAUUACUUUCAAGUUCAUAUAAAAUUUAAAUGACAAUUUAAUUUUUGUUAUAAAAUUUUGAAAAAUUUUAAGUCAAAAUUUUUUUUUUUUGCGUAUAUCCCACAAUUAUUUUUUACCUUCAAAUUUUUAUUUGAUAAAAACUUCAGCAAUAUAUUUAACAUAAUUACUCAUUCAUAGUUGCAUUUAAUUUUAAAAUUAAAAAAAAUCUAAAUUAUUUGUUUUUAUGUUUGUAAUCAUUUUUUGAAAUAAUCACA